GAGAAGCUGUUCAACAUGUUGCAAGUACAAAGUACUUUACUUCGAGCUACGUACCUACACUUUACCUAAAACGACCUAGCUGCCUGCGGGUCCCUGCUCAAGCUUCGGGCUGCCGGCUCCGCAAAGCUCAAUUGAUUGGAUCAACUUGCAGAAUCCAGUCAAUGGCCAAUGAGAGAGCUUCAUUUAUUGAAGAAAACGAACGUCAUUGUUGAAGACCUCGAGAAUGAAGAGAAAUAAUUAGCAUUAGCUAGCUUCGAAGAUAUAACAUUCACUCCGUAAUGAAGUCUCAAGGGUGGUUAACACCUCAAAUACUCGCUCGGCGGGUCGAGAAAGCCCUCGAAGCCCAAGCCCGCGCCUCUAAACCCCAGAGCUAUAGCACGCAAACCUCGCCAUGUAGCAUCCUCCGAACUUCCCACACCCCCAGCAGCCGGCCGCGACGCCCUCUCUUCAGCCGCCCCUUCUCACACACCCCCCGGUCCCAGCGCCAACCCGCCGAAGACCCAAACUUCACCUCGAUCCUCGACAACCCGCCAGAACUAGUGCGCACAGGGCAGCGUCACGGGCCCGGCCUCAUCAUCCUCGCCAUCAUCCCCGUAACCGCGUUCCUGCUCGGGUCAUGGCAAGUACAACGGCUAGGCUGGAAGACCGACCUAAUCGCCAAGUUCGAGGACCGCAUCGUGCGCGAACCGUUGCCGCUCCCGCCGCGCAUCGACCCGGAUGCUAUCCACGACUUCGAUUUCCGCCGGGUCACGGCGACGGGGCGCUACCGCCACGACCGCGAGAUGCUGGUGGGCCCGCGCAUGCGCGACGGCGAGCAGGGGUACAUGGUUGUGACGCCGCUGGAGCGCGGGGGCGAUGAGGGCGCGACGGUGUUGGUGAACCGCGGCUGGAUAUCCAAGAAGUUCCGCGAUCAGCGGAGUAGGCCCGAGUCCCUAUACACCGGUGAGGUUACUGUAGAGGGUCUACUGCGGGAGCCGUGGAAGAAGAAUAUGUUCACGCCGGAUAAUAGGCCUGAUAUAAAUGAGUUUUAUUUUCCUGAUGUUAAGCAGAUGGCUGCUUUAACGGGAAGCCAGCCUGUGUGGAUCGAGCAGACUAUGGAGCCGGGUUUACUCCAGACUCUGGACAUGGAAUCUAAGGGUAUUCCUAUUGGUAGACCUGCUGAGGUCAACCUAAGGAAUAACCACGCCCAGUACAUCUUCACGUGGUAUGGACUCGCAAUAGCGACGUCGAUAAUGUUCUACAUGGUGGUGAAGAAGCCUCCCACCGAUAUCUCACGCCGAGUGAGGAUGAACAAGGAAUGGUCGUAGACCCCCGUUUCGAGUGAAUGCGCAUUGCAUCCGUUUAACAGAACCCCAGAUAGAGGUUUGGCUCAAGUAACUUCCUCCUCUUCAUCGACAGCCCCUUGUCGGACCUGUCGUUUUCGAGGAGCUUUCGUCGGUGCUGGGACUGACAUUCGCAUUUCUUGUAAGAGUUCCCUGGGCAGAUACCGCUGCGCUAAGGAGAAGGGUGUAGUGGAGGUACUGGUCUGCCGUUGUCUACAACAAGAGGUUAGUAAAUUUGUACCACUAGGAAUAAUCAUAUACCCUAGAAUAAAUAUAGAACAACGUACCUUCGCAUAAG